AUGCGACCAGAUGGACCUCGCGACCCCGUCACCGGCCCCGAUUCGGGUCCUGAGCCCCCGUUUCCUGUGCGAUUGUCGGGUCCUGUCAUCAAAGGUUUCGGGCGGGGGAGUAAAGAGCUGGGUAUUCCUACGGCCAAUAUCUCGGCAGACAUGCUCGCGGAGCAUCCGGAUUUGGACAUAGGUGUAUAUUAUGGCGUGGUUGCGUUAGAUCCUAGUCGGUUUAAUUAUACGGAGACAUCAUCAUCGUCGCCUCAGGGAACUUGCGGGAAGAUUCUCCCCGCGGUGUUGAGUAUUGGAUAUAACCCGUUCUACAAGAACAAGGAACGCUCGAUUGAAAUCCACAUCAUGCCGCCCCUCGCAGCACCCUCCCCGACCGCCGCGAGCAACGAACAAGUGAAAUUCCACAAACUGCCGGACUUCUACUCGACACCGCUGAACCUGCUGAUUCUGGGUUACAUCCGACCGGAAUACGACUACGUUUCGCUUGGGGCUUUGGUGGAAGAUAUUCGGGUGGACUGUGAAGUGGCACGGAAGAGUCUGCAACGAGAUACAUAUGCGCGAUAUCUGGAGGAAGACAGAGAGGGCGAUAAUGAUACCGAAUACGUCAAGGCGCAUCGGCAAUGGUUGACGACGUUUAACGGGAAUCAGCAGGCACCUGCCCGGACGUCCGGAUUAUGAUUAUAAUAAUGAUGAUCACAUACAUACAUAUUUACUGGCCAUGAGAGACAUGCGCAAGGAAGGGGCAGCGGUGGGAUAGACAAAAAAGAAUGCUCGAGUUGACAUUUGGUGGUUUCUUGAAAUUUUUGUCUGUUUUGUGUGCAUAAUCCGCUUUGGAGCAUUUUGUGCAUUUAAUACAUAGGAUAAAUCUUGGCAUCUCUUGACCUGCUUCCACUUCCUGCUUGAAG